GAGAGAGAGAGAGAGUGAGUGAGAACCCAUUCAUUCCGGGAGGGACUCGGGUCUGAGCGCAGGUAACGUUACAACAUGUCCCGACAGAGCGACCCCGCGGCGGCGGUGGGUCUCCGAGAGGAUGAGCUUUGCCCGGAAUCUGAGCUGCUCUCCGUUUCUGAGCUGCGGCUCCGAGCAGUGAGUCUGAGCCAACACUGGCCGCUGGGUUUGGAGGAUGAGUUUCUCAUCAGGUUCCUGAGAGCCAGGGAUUUCCACCAGGAGUUGGCACUGAAGUUACUUAUAAACUACCACAAAUGGAGAGCUGAAUGCCCUGAGAUCAGUGCCGACCUGCGGCCUUCAUCAGUCAUGGGACUCCUCAAGGCUGGUUACCAUGCGGUUUUGAGGUCUCGAGACACCAGUGGAAGCAGGGUUUUAAUGUAUAAAAUUGGACAUUGGGACCCCAAGUUAUAUUCAACAUACGAAGUGUUUCGGGUCAGUCUCAUUACAUCAGAGCUGAUCGUGAAGGAGCUCCAGACCCAGCUGAAUGGUGUGAAGGUUAUCUUUGAUCUUCACGGAUGGCGAUUUGCUCAUGCCCUGCAGAUCAACACCACCAUUGCCAAAAGAAUUGCCUCAAUUUUAGUGGACUCUUUUCCUCUGAAGGUCCGAGCUAUCCAUGUAAUUAACGUGCCUUUCAUAUUCUAUUCAGUCAUUGCCAUAAUUAAACAAUUUCUGCCUGAAAAGAUCAAGGAUCGGAUCUACCUGCAUGGAAGCGAUUACCAACGCAGCCUUCAUCAGCACUUCCCAAUGCAGAUUCUUCCCCCUGAUUAUGGUGGUCAAGGAUCUGAGUAUAACGAACUGUGUCAGGAGUGGACCACAUUUGUGCAGAAGUCUGAGAAGGAUCUUCUUAAGCUUUCACUAGUUACUUAAGACUUUGUGGUGCAAAGUGCUUGUUUUGGGAAGAAAAAAUACUAAACUUGUUUAGUUACAUUUUGACAAGCUAGUUAAGUUGUUUGAAAAAAUGAUUGUAUGUACUAUCAAACCAGCAGGUGCCUACUUAUACAUAUUUGUUACAUAUGUAGAUAUUCCUUGUUUAAAGAGAAUGAUACAGUGAACAUAGAGCUUUAUUAAUGUAAUGUACUGAUUUGUAUUAAAGAAUUAUUUUAAGAA